AUGAAGAUGUCUCUUUUCUCAGAUUGUUCAACCGUUACGACCAGGGUUCACCUAGCCCAAAUCAGUGAUAUUGUGUUCAAGUUGAAGACUAUAUUUGUUCAGUCAUCACAGGUCAGUAAAGUGUGUAGUUGCUCUGCUACUGUAACUAGCACUAUCCGGUUCCUUAGUUCAUCCUCUAUGUUCGUCAGCGCCAAAUCCAGGAUUGUUAUAUCCGCCUUUUAUGUUGAGAUUCACCUAGUCUCUUCAAGGAGUCUUUUCAUUGGAGCUAGGGCUUGUCUUUCUCAUUCCGCAUCUUGCCAAGCUUUGCAGCUUGGUCAAUUCAACGUCGCUUGCGACUAUUUCAUGCUUGGGGUAACCUAUUCAAGGAUGCAGCUGAAGAUUUUCCAUGGUUCUCCAUCUAUCGAGCAAGCAUCUCUCGUAGUCUUUGUUUAUCUCUUGUUCUUCUUUUAUGCUCUGCUUUAUGUUGUUCAUCAAACCGUUGAGAAUCCCUCCGGUUCUAUCUUUUCGGAUGUAAUCGUUUUGAACCUUUUAGAUUAA